AUGGCUGCUGCUUGGAGUCCUGUCCAGGAUCUCUGUGAAGAAGUCAGUUGUUCCAUCUGCCUGGAUUAUUUCAGGGAUCCAGUGACCGUUACAGAGUGUGGCCACAAUUUCUGCCAAGCCUGCCUGAGCAAGUAUCUGGGGAAGAAGGACACAGAGGCCUCCUGCCCCGAGUGUAGAGGAACCUUCCAGAAGGGGAACCUCAGGCCAAAUAGGCCGCUAGCUAAGAUGACUGAAAUUGCUAAGAAAUGCAGAGAUGAGGGGGUAAAGCGGGCAGAGGAGAAGGGGGGAGUCUGUGAGAAACACCAGGAGCCCCUGAAGCUCUUCUGCAAAGACCAUGAAACCCCCAUCUGUGUGGUGUGUGACAGAGCCAAGGAGCACAAAGAACAUGAGGUGGUUCCUCUGGAGGAGGCUUCCCAGGAGUACAAGGAUCUGAUCCGUCGUCACCUGGAGAUUCUCAGGGAAGAAAGAGAAAGAAUUCUGGCAUAUAAGGCAGAAACAGAAAAGGGGAAUAAAGAACUUCUUAAGCAAACCAAAGCAGAGAGGAAAAAGACAGUGGCUCGGUUCAGACAACUCCGGCAGCUUCUGGAGGAACAAGAGAAGCUCCUGCUGACCCAGAUAGAAGGCUUAGAGGAGGAGAUUGACAGGAGAAGGGAGGAGUACCAGGCCAAACUCUCUGAAGAACUCUCCUCUCUUGAAAGCCUCAUCCAGGAGUUGGAGGAGAAGGGUCAGCAGCCAGCGAGUGAACUCCUGCAGGACGUGAGAAACACCUUGCAGAGGAGUGAGAAGGAGACAUUUGAGAAUCCAGCAGCUUUCCCUCCAGAGCUGAAGCAGAAGAUCUGGGACUUCCGUGAAAUAAAUCCCUUUCUGGAGAGAGUCGUGAAGCAAUUCCAAGAUGCGCUGCUAACUGGACUACCUCCGAUGAAAGCAAAUGUCACUCUGGAUCCAGACACAGCUCAUCCCAGCCUCAUCCUGUCUGAGGACCAUAAAAGUGUGAGAUGGAGAGACAAACUGCAAGAUCUGCCCAACAAUCCUGAGAGAUUUGACCGACAUCCUUUUGUCCUGGGACGUGAGGGAUUCACGGCAGGCAGACAUUUCUGGGAAGUCAGUGUGGGAAGUGAGGGUGAAUGGGCUGUGGGGGUCGCCAGAGAGUCUGUGAGGAGAAAAGGCUGGAUUGCACUUAGUCCUGAGGAAGGGAUGUGGUUUGUGGGGUGUUAUGGAGGUGUAUAUAGGGCUUGCAACCCCCCUCUUUCCCCUCGUCUGUUCCUGAGUGGGAAGCUCAAGAAGAUCCGAGUGUCUCUGAACUGCAAUGAGGGGUGGGUGUCCUUUUACGAUGCUGACAGGGGGACCCUCCUCUACACCUUCUCUGGAGCCUCCUUUGCAGGAGAGACAAUUAUGCCCCUCUUUUAUGUAUUGGGAAAAGGCCACCUCAGCAUCUCUCCUUAAGGCAGCUCAGAGCCUUCCUCACUCUCCCUCCUCUCCAGACCAGACUGGUUAUUCUACUCUAAGCAUCAAACCUCCCUUUGUCAAGGGCCCCUUUUCCCCUUCUGCAAAGGCACCCUGAGAGGCCUCCAGUCACAGACACCAGAACUACAUGGACUAAAAAGGUGCCUGAUCUCCUCCCUCCCUUUUCCCAGACUUCUCUCAUCUCUUACUUCUUAAAGAGACAGAAGCACAUCAGUAAUCCAGACCAACAUGUCUUUUAACUGCACUGCUUCCAUGACCUUCAGUCCUUGUUUCAUUUUCCAUUUUCCUUGUCUCCACAAUAUUUUCAUUAUAUCCUUAGAUGGAAAACCCACCACAAAAUUUCUCUCUCUGUCUCUCUCUUUUUUUGCACAAACACACACACACGGGUGCAUUGUAGCUUGUCAGAGAUCCUGAUGUGACAUUCUUGCCAAAGUCUCCAUAUCCCAAAAGGCCUCUCAUUCUGCUGUUUCACGAAGACAAAUGCAUCUUCCAUGUGAUUUCCAUUGAGAAUGGCCUGUGGGUGGGCUUGGAUUCAGCAAGUCCAGGGAAAUUGCUAUUAUAGUGAGCUAAUAUGUCCCCCUUAGUUAUUUUCAUUAAAUAAAAUACGUUACUGCCUUGGGAACAAGGGUUAUCUCAUCAUGCUUAGGGUGACCAUAUUUCGGAAACCGAAAAGGAAGACAACAUGGCCACUCCAUGGGGCGUGCCCACAAACGUGCCCAGCCCCCAAGGGGGAGUUCCCACCCAAACAUGCCCUUGGUCACAUGUCUGACUUCACAGCACACAAUUAAGACAAACCUGUUCUAUGUAACAUCUUAAUGUUAAAAUCACUGGAAUAAAGAACAAGUGAGACAUUCAAUGUAUCUGAAAUUAACUUCAGUCAUUCCUACUUUUGUAGCUUUUGUUGCACUUUGAAUCUUUUGCUAUAUUCCAUGUGAUACAGUCUCCCAUUCCCUCAAAUAUCUUUUCUGACUGCAAAUCCUUCACUGGAUGACCACAGUCUAACCUUUCCUAACAUUUAACACUCUUUCCCCAUCACCUUUCUUAUUUCCAUAUUCAUCGUUUCAUCAAACCGCUACCACUGAACAAACGAAGCAGUUGACAAGUGCAGAAAAAUCUGGCACAAUGAACAAGCAAGAAAAAAGGAAGUGUGUACUCUGGUGCUAAGUAAGGUUUAAAAUAUUUAAGAAUGAUUUCUUCAAUAAAAAACAAUACGUGAAUUCAAAUGAGACAGAUUGACGCGUACACUAGCUUGACGUUUCGGUCCCUUAGGUCCUUCAUCAGAAGCUGUAUCGUCAUCCAAAUUUGUUUACCCAACAAACGAAGAAUCUCUUCUUCUUUUUUUUUAUAACGAGAGGUAAGGGCCGGGGGUCCGUGUUUGCUCCCAGGAUGGGGAGUGAAAGACGCAGCCCUCCCACAGCAGCUCAGAGGUAAGGGGAGCAUAAACAGACCCCCCACUCCUUACCUCCUGGGACGCAGGCCUUCUCCUGUGUGCUGGCGCGAUUACGGCAGCACAGAGGAGAAGGGUAGAGCCUCCGUGGGGGCAGGGGGCUGGGAGAGACGUUCUCAGAGGACGAGUCUCCCAGUUCCUCCCCCCCAGCGACGCAGGCCUGGGCCAUGGGAGGGAGUGGCAGGACCGCGAUUUUCCCGGGCAUUUGGGGGGAUUUUGAAAUCUCCCCCCGGAUGCUGCUUUGGGGUGGGAUUUCUGGAUGUGUCUAGGCAAAUCUGGGCAUAUGGUCACCCAAAUCAUGUUAGGUUUAGGAUGACCCUAUGAAAAGGAGGGCAGGACUCCUGCCGCUUUCACUGUUGUGAUGAAGAUUGAAUUUCCCCAGGUGCUGCAUGUUUACAAAUGACACUUGCUGUACUUUCCCUUUUCUAGGCAACUGUUAAAGAUGCAGGAGCCCUGUCCUCCUCUUCAUGGGGUCAUCCUAGUUCUCUUGUUCCCAGGAUACAGUUUGAAAUAUCUGGAAAGGCAUUAUUACAUGUGGAUUUAAUACUUUUUUUUCAAAAAUAAAAUUAAAAAGACAAACCUCCUGGCCUCUUCCCCUAAUAGCGAGAAUCCCCCACCAAAACUUCACCCCCAGCACAAUGGUGGGGCACCUAAGGCUGGACAUGGGGGCUGAAGUCCAAGGCCCUGCAGCCUAGUGGGGGGGGGGCACCAAGAGACCACCCAGGGAGACGCAGGUGAUGGGGGCAGAGGCAGACGAACUCAGCCUCAGAACCGGGGCUGGCAGAGGAAAGCCAGGCCCACCAGGGUUGACGCUGCUCCCUGCAGCAGUUGUUAAAAGCACUUUAGAGUCCGGGGGCAGCAAGGAGGGCAUUUACAUGGUUACAGAAGCCCAUUUUCUUCUGUUUACUUUUAAUAAUGCCCUUUCCUAGAAACCAAAUGACAGGCCAAAACACCCAUCUAGCCAAAAUGCAGGGCAGCUGGAGCACAGGCGCAAGAAUGGCCUCCCUGCCCUGGCUGCCCUGCGUUAGAAUACUCGGAGGCCUCCGAGUUCGGACGCUGCUGAUGGUCUCCAAAGAGUUGCGGCCUUAGACAUACGUUUUGUACAGUCCAGAAGUUGAUUCUUUCGGGGAGGAGUUUAUUACACAGAUACACUUUAUGCUGGGACAGUCUGUAUGUUCACUGAUGUAUAUGCUCUUUAAAAUUAUUUGCCUGCCUCAUUGAAAUGAAUAAAUGGUCAGUGUAAGUGGAUUCUCUGAGCCCCUUUGACAACUAAAAGACUGAUAUUACAACAUGGGAAGGAGAAAAACUCCCCCCUCUCAUGCUAUGAAAUGAGGACCUUACAUCGCUUUCAAUAUUCGGAUGAGUGGCACUUUCAAAUGGAUACUUAUGUGAAUAUUUGAUCUACUUUUGUUGAAGCCUAUGUAUUAUUGCUAGAAAGUUGUAUGUAUAUGAUAUGUAUUAAUUACUUUGGAUAAUGAAUAUCUGACGUAUAUUAAAGAAAUGGAAACAA